GCCGCCACGCUGGCCGCGGAGCCGCUGCGCCGGCUGGAGACGCUGCGGCUGGACGGCUGGCACGGCCUGCGCGCGCUGCCCGGCGCCGCCUUCCGCGGGCUGUCGCGCCUGCGCCGCCUCUCCCUGUCCUUCUGCCCGCGGCUGCGCGCGCUGCCCGCCGACGCCUUCUCCGGCCUGGAGGCGCUGGAGGAGCUGCGCCUCGUGCAGGACGGUUUCUCCAGCCUGGCGCUGGUGGCGGCCGCGCUGUCGCCGCUGGCGCUGCCGUCGCUGCGCGCGCUCGACCUCAGCGAGAACCCGCUGGCCGCCGUGGCCGCCGGCGACCUGGCGCCUCUGGCCGGGUCGCCGCUGCGGGAGCUGCGCCUCGACAGCUGCCAGCUGGACUUCGUGCACAGCGCGGCGCUCAGCCCGCUGCGAAACCUCAGCACGCUCUCCCUCAGCGGGAACGCCCUCAACGAGUCCACGCUCACGGAGCUCGUGUCGGCACUGGUCGAAGGCAACUCGUCGCUGCGCGUGCUGGAGUUGUCGGGCGCGGGCUUCCAGAAGCGGCCGCCGGCGGAGCUGCUGUCGGCGGUGGGCCGUUCGGGCGUGACGAACCUGUCGCUGGCGGGCAACCGCUUCCAGACGCUGUCGGCGGGCGCGUUCCCCGGCAUGCCGCGGCUGCGCCACCUCGACCUGCGCGACGUGGCCGCCGUGUCGGUGCAGGAGGGCGCGCUCCACCCCGCGCUGCUGCCCCGCCUGCAGACGCUGCUGCUCGGCGGCAACAGCCUGCCCGGCGCCUCGGCCGGCUGCCUGCUGCCGCAGCUGCGCUCGCUCGACCUCUCCGCCAACUCGCGCGAGAAGCCGUCCCCGUCCGUCUUCGCCCUCGGCGAGAACAGCUUCGCCCACAUGCACAACCUCUCCUACCUCAACCUGUCCUACAAUAACAUACACUUCCUGCUGAAAGACACGUUCGGUGGCCUCACCAACCUGGACGAGGAACUCUCCCUAAAGCACGGCCACAUUUCUAGGAUCGAGGUGGGUGCCUUCCACGACCUGAACAAACUGCGCUUCUUGACACUGGAAGACAACCGCCUGUCGAGAACGAAUCUCACGGCGGGAGUGUUCAGAGGACUGGACAGCCUCGAAGUACUCCUGUUGGGGAACUGCGGUAUCACGCACCUCGCCGGCGACCCGAGUGUGUUCGUCCACCUCGUGAGUCUGCAGUACCUGAGCCUGGAGCGAAACGCUAUACACAGCAUCAGUGGCGCCGUUUUCGCGCCCCUCACGAAUUUACUGGGAAUAGAUUUGUCCCACAACGAGCUAGAGUCGUGGAAGAGGGGACGGGUGUUCGACAACAAUACGAGGCUGGACACUGUGCUGCUCUCGUUUAACAGGAUGACGUACCUAUCUCCCGCCAUGCUGGACGACUUCUCCGGUCGGGCGCGCGUGGAGUUGGGGGACAACCCGUUCAUCUGCUACGCGCCGCUGUACAAGAACGUCAGGGAGUGGCUGAGCGCUAACGGGGGCAGUGCAGGGAACUUGAGUGGCGAGGCGGCUCCCGCGUGCUACUCUCCGGACGCGUGGCGCGACCGCAACCUCUCGCAGUUCUUGCAGGCGCUGCUGGACGGGACCGCCGCGCCGGUGAAGCCCUCCGCUUGGUGGCCCGGCGCUGUCGGCGGCUCCCUCCUGGUGCUGGUGCUGCUGGUGGCCGCCGUCUGCUACAACCAGCGCGCCUACCUCCGCUACUGGCUCUUCCUGGCGCGCACCGACCUCCUGGGCCGGUCGUGCGCCGGCCGCUCCGACCGCGCCCUGCAGUCGUACACCAACUACCAGUACGACGCCUUCGUGUCGUACAGCAGCGAGGACCGCAACUUCGUGGUGCGGCUCGUGGCGAUGCUCGAGAACUACGAGCCGUUCCUCAAGCUGUGCGUGUUCGAGCGCGACUUCCAGGUGGGGUCGGCCAUCUCGGAGUGCGUGCUGCAGUCGGUGGCGCUGAGUCGGCGCACCCUGCUCGUCGUGAGCGACGCGUUCGCGCGCUCGCAGUGGUGCCGCUGGGAGGCGACGCUGGCGCAGCACCAGCGCAUCUUCGGCGACGAGGGCGCGCUCGUCAUCGUCAAGCUGGGCGAGGUGCCGGGCGCGCACCUCACGCCCACGCUGCGCCACCUGCUGCGCACGCGCCUCUACCUCGAGUGGGACCCCGAGCCCGGCAAGCAGCGCCUCUUCUGGCAGAAGCUGCGCGCCGCGCUUUCCCCACCCGCCAUCUCCGUCAAGGCUGGCGACCAGUGACGUCGCGACGUCUCUCUGUCCACCGAGGACUCGCGGGCCGCUUGGACGGAGUACCUUCUCGAUCAACUGCCUUCUCUGAUCUGUGUAGUAGUGCUCAUAUCAAGGGUACUCUUUCAUCACGUUCCUCGGAAUUGUACAUAGGUUCGCCCUCUCACUCCACCAAGUACUGACCAUUCCGUAAUGGCCAGUCACGAUCUCAAUAAAUUCCUCGAUGAAGAGACAUCGACCACGGAUUAGACUCUCCUACAGCAUUCUUCAUAUUUUCGUCAUUUUCGCGAUUCCUCAUUUCAUAUUUUCGUAUUUGAGAUCUAGACCACCCCUUCGAUCCUGGUCCGACGGAGCUUCUCAGGACCUAGCUAACACAUCUUCCUUCACUUGUGUUUCUUUCGCUGAGCCGCAGUGUCGAUUGCACCAAAAUUUCUUCACGACUGAUUUCAGCCCUUGGCCAUUUUCACGGUUUUUCAACUGAUUAACAGCAGUCCCAGCAGUCCCUCUGUCUCUUGCAGUGCGCCAGACGCACAGACAGCGGUAGUUUGAGUGUAUGUGGUGCAACUAAUAAAAAUAAAUGUCGUGUGACUUGGUCCUCCCGUCGGGUAGACCGUUCGCCGGGUGCAAGUCUUUUGAUUUGACGCCACUUCGGCGACUUGCGCGUCGAUGGGGAUGAAAUGAUGAUGAUUAGGACAACACAUCACCCAGUCCCUGAGCAGAGAAAAAUCUCCGACCCAGCCGGGAAUCGAACUCGGGCCCUUAGGAUUGACAUUAUGUCGCGCUGACCGCUUUUUUUAUUUUUUAUUAUUUUAACCGCCUAAAAAGAACAUCCAGGCUGGCCGGCACACCGGCCCUCUUCGUGAAUCCGCCGGGCGGAUUCGAUCCGGGGCCGGCGCGCCUAGCCGAGUCCAGGAACCAUAGCGUUAACGUGCUUUUUUUUUAAGUGCUCUACCAUCUUUUUUUAUUGGGUAACAAUAGCAAACAUAAACUGCUGCUAGCAUUUUUUUUUAUAUAAGACGAUGACCUUUAGAAAAUAAAAUAUUUCUGGGAAACGUAAAUAAGUGGGCUUUUUUUACAUAAUAGUAAAAAAAAACCUGCUUCUGUCAGUACAAAACAAUAACGGUCAACAAUCCUCUUUUGGGCGCGUACCUCGCUAAUCCCGUUAUACCUCUCGUUGGUGUCGCGAACGUCUUCACGUGUGGUUGUGGAUCCUCUCCACUGUCCUGGUCCUUUCUUGUUCUGAUACUUAUAAUCAAUAAUUACAUUCUCCUACCCGGGACACCCCAACUGGGUGGGGGAUCAAGCAAGGCACUCCCUAAAACAUUUGCGUAAUAUGUUCGAUAUCUCGGAUGUCUCAUAAGCUGUGAGUGAUGAUCUUGUAGUAAGGCCCAAAAGUCGAGCACAUUCUUACUGCCGUCUCGGAAAAGAUAACGCACAGUCAAAUCUCGAAUCAAGGUCACUGCGUUUGUCUUUGUUCGGGGAUAAUAUAUCCUAUCUGGGAGAAGUAGUAUCCGUGGUUCUAUUGCUUGCGGCCCCACCCGAAGGAGGAAGGCGAUCAUUUUUUUGACCAAACACCAUACGUCCGCCGAAGGUCCGCAUAUCAGGCGAUGCUCCUCUGUGUCUAUAACAUUGCACUGCGGACACAGUGGCUCGUCCGCCAUAUGAAUUGUAUGCAACCUGGAACGAGUCACGUAUUUCCCAUUUACCACCUGAUACCACAGUGCGCGCGUUCCCGUAUCAAGGUGUGGGUGGUGCACUGUACGCCAUACCACUGACCACGUAACUGUUGGUUGGCGGCUCUCUACGGCAUUAUUCGGCCGUCGUCGAGUCAAGAUGUGAUAUGUAUCACGUGUCGUUGCCGUCCUGGUUGUCGGUAGUUCCACAUGUGUAUAACUGUGUUCCACAGAAAAGGUUCGCAUAUGGGCAAGCGAUGGUGAGAUGUGAGACACCGCUACUGGAGCCGAACGUGAAGGUGGAGCGAGUCCGUCUAUCAAGGUGCCCGUCAGACUUGUCUAGUGUCGUGUCCACAUCUUUAUCAUUGUGGUUACAUAAACAGCCACUGCUCGGUCGCGUACGUGGACUAGUCCAAGACCUCCACGACUACGAGGAAGCGUGAGGGUUUCGUAUCCGACCUUAAAAAGCAGACCUGUGCUCACAAAAUAUCCUAGUGCCGGCAGGAUUCGGCGGGCCAACACCACCGGCAUAGGAAGAACUUGUGCCACCGCUCAGCUGUCGGGGGCGGGCUGUGGUGCAACUGACAGAUGGGCUCCCGUUGUUCAUUUGCAAACACUUUAAAAUGGCUUAAGAGCUGAAAUCAGUCGUGGAGAAAUUUUGGGAGACUGUUGCUGCCGGUUGAAUAAAAAUAUUACUGGAGGUUCCGAUGUCCAGUUUCCCAGCAAAAUAUUCGAGACAAUAACAUUGUAAUGACUGUGUUUCAAGUAUCUACCGAAGGAAAGACUGAAAAUUAGCACAAGGAACAUUCAGUAAAGACUGGUACUCAUUUUCUAAAAACUCUAUUUCAGAGGUUCAGUAUUCUGUCCACCCAAUGUGAUUCGAUUCUCCCAUCACCGUUGUCGCCCCUGGAAGUCGUGAUGAAGGCCGCUCUCGCCUCUAAAACGUUACUGCCAGGGUUUCAAUACCUAAAAUUCUCAUGGUAUCACGUGUAUCUCUGCUACAAUUUGGGUAACGUGAGGCCUGGUAUUAGCUGAUGAAGCUUCCACCGUCCAACAGAUAUUUGGUCUUCUUUGGAAUGUGGCCCACCAUCAGUUUGCUCAUAAUGUUUUGCUACCGUGCAUCACCCUCAUCUACAACAUACUGUUUCCAAUAGCAGCACACACCAACACGAUUCUCCUAUUCACGUGCGAUAAACAGUCGCGGUAUCCAGAGUGUACAUAUUCUAGACAUGUGAAAAGGUUCCUUUGAAAGAGUAUGAACACUUUCAGAAUACCAUCAAGCUACCUAUUGUUGAGUCGUAGAUCGCUGCGAAUAAUAACGGCCGCAGUACUGACUGUUGUACCUUCAAAGACCGUGAGAGAGACGCCUCUUCCUCUUUGCAAUCCGCAACGUUCCCGGCUAUUUUUAAAAGCCCUGUGCCAACGAAAACGCACUCUAAGGGACAUGGCACACUGACCAAAAGUUGUCUACAACUCGUCGCAUAUUACAGAACCAUUUAUGUCCAGACGAACACAAAAAAUUGUAUCGUGUAAAGCUUCUCACGAAACUCGAACACGUUAAAGUUUUAAAGGCGAGAAAAAUGCACAUAUACUUCGAUUCCCUGCUGCACCUCAUAGCGAGAGUGCUGGAAGCACGACGGCAGAGUCUAUCACGUAGGUUGCUUCGACAGUGAUAGGUGGCCCACCUACUCGCUACCCGUGAUUCAGAGAGUUAGGAAAGAAAAUAGCAACAUGAACCCGGCUGAAAAAUCAUAAACCUGGAAAUUUCCAAUUUCACCGAGAACACAGAAAUAUACUCCACGUAUUGUGGUAUAAAUUGUGAGACAAUUUGACUUCCAGAAUUUUACGUUUAUACUGAUAUUCUGUGUGAAUUACCUGUAAAUGGAACGGAGCUCUGUGUUCACGUAUAUAACCGAAGUUUAGAACUUGUCCACUUUUGAAAGAAAAACCUCUGGAUUUUGGCCGUAUUAAAGUAAAUAUUUUUUUCUUGUAUACUUUACAAAAAUCUGUUGUGCGGUUUCAAGGCGUAUUUUCCUGGUCAACUUAUCUUGUGUUUGUAAUUGAUUCCACAACGCUAAAAAUAUUGACUUUAAAAAUAGUGCACUUUUCUAUCUUUGAAAUUAAAAUCAUUAUUGACACAAUCUGCUGGAUUCUGUGUAUCAUUUUGCUGUACUCGUAUUUACCAUGAAUCGAUUUUUGUGAUGUAUGGGGAGCAACUGACUUUCUAACAAUUAUGGAGAAGGCGUGUCCUGAGCAGAAGACUCUUGUAUAUACUUUUUCUAAAUUUGUUUAAUCUUUAGGUACUGCUAUGAUAUAGAGUUAUGGACAUCGAUUCGUAUGUCAAGUGUCGACCAAUUCUUAUAAGACUGAUAACAAUAUUUUAAAAUACGUUACUCUUACUGUAUAUGUGCUUGUCGAUUUGCUAUGUAAAUGACACUGCAAAAACUUUGACUUACAAUUUAGUUGAGACAUGCAGUGACUAGUUAUCACACAGCGCCAUUUUGAGUGUUGUGUACUGUCUGUGAUAAGGAAAUGUGACACGGUGCUUUUUUAUUACUAUUUCUUAUGUAUACAAUUCUGAUGAUACACUUAGGCUGGAUUUAAAUGUGCCUUGUCUCCGAUAUUUCGAUGUGACACUUGUUUAUUAAACAGUUGCAGGGCAAAUUACUAUAAUUUAAAUUGGUUUAUAAAUCAGAAAUGUAUUGUGCUAAACAUUCCAUUUUAAAUUUCACGCUUUGACCCAAGUGAAGUUUACAAGCACUACAUAUAAUUCUGAUUACAGUUCGUUAUUAUGAUACCAGUAAACUGGACAAUGCACUUUUGGUUUGGUUUCGAUACAUCUCUUCCUAUUUCACUGAUUCCAUAGUGAUGUUUUUUUGUGUAAAUGGUAUGUUACUUUAAUAAUAUGCUGUUAUUUAAAAACAAAAGGAGGCA